AUGGAACAAGGUCAAGCUAGAGUUAAUCUCACCAUUAACAUAUUCUGGCACAUCUGGAAAGCCAGAAACAAGAGAAUUUUUGAUAGUGCUCAUCAGGAACCUCAUAACACUGCACAAAAAGCACAAGAGGAGUGGUUGGAAUUUGAACAAGAAAGGGAAUCUGAGCAGGAGAGCAGAGCAACCCAGAAUAGGAGUGGACAACAAGCAAGAAAUGAGCAACCAAGGGAAGAUGUGGUAUGUCUGUAUACGGAUGCAGCCAUUUCUGCAAAAAUGAUCAGGACUGGAAAAGGGAUCAUUGCAAGAAACUGGAAAGGAAUCAUAUUGAGAGCGAAAGGAAAUGUGCACCAGAGGAAAGGAACAGCGAGCAUGGAAGAGGCACUCGCAAUACGAAAUGCUCUACUGAUGGCCAAGCAAGCUGGGUGGAAGAAAAUUAUUGUACAUUCAGAUUGCAAAUCAGUGGUUGAGCAAAUUAACAGAUGCAGUGAAUAUGAGUACAACAUUGCAACUAUUCUAGAGGAUGUACAGGAGCUUAGAAAAGGCUUUGACAGGUGCUCUUUUCUGUUUAUUUCUAGAACAGCAAAUGUAAUCAGUCAUGCACUAGCUCAUUUUGCAGUUAAACUAGUGCAUAACAUUGAAUGGGAAAAUGACUUCCCAAUAUGGCUGAUUGAGUUAGGGAUGAAAGAAAUGAGGGUAGUAUCCCCUUUUUGUAACUAA